AUGUCACCGUUGCCUUUUACAUUUGUCAACGUCAGCAAUGCACCUGGACUGGGGCCCAAAGAGAGGAGGGAAAUGAGAGGACAUGUCACACAAACCAAUUUCGCCAAACGUAGACUGAGAUUGGCCAAGGCUCGCGACGAUGGCAAGUCAGACACCGUCGAAAGAAAUUUGGCUUUAUCGAGAUCGUAUAAUCAACCAGGACAGAUGUCAGGGGAUAAAGUCACUGUUCUUGAUCCUCACUGUGACAGACUCCUCACAAAUGCGGUGAACUCCGCCUGGUCCCCAAUCGCCUAUCGUAUGGUUGCCAUGCUUUACACGUUUCGUCCUUUCAUCUUCCCAGCAGGUACCGCUGGUCCUGGCUCAUCUCGCGAGGCAGAAUGGAUCGCCCUUCUCCAGUCGGAGCCGGCACUUGUUGAAGCUUCGACAUCCAUUGCCUUGAGCCACUGUACCGGACAGAAAGAUGACGUAACAUUUCGCCAGGCGGUUCUUCACAAGGGUCGUGCUAUCAAACGGAUCAACCAGAAACUGAGUUCGCCUUCAGGCUUAACCGAUGGCGUGCUGAGCGCUGUUUUCACCCUGACAUAUGCCGCACUUCUUGAAAGUGAUUCCAAGGCAAGAGACGCCCAUAUCCAGGGCCUAGCUCAGAUGAUACAACGAGAUCUAACAGAUCCGGUUAGUGAUUCGCUUGGGCAAGCCCUACUCACCUCCAACUACUCCAAUCAACCACUUAUCCAAGCUCUGCAAAACCAGAAUGACCCCAACGCGACAGACAUUGAAAUCAUCAGCCAUAGGAUUAAUGGACUUUGCUUACUGAUCGACGCCUACCAUGAGUCCCCGUCUCCAGGCCCAGAUUCUGCCCUCGCCAUUGGACUCGAGGUUGAACGACUGCAGCUUGAAAUAAACACUCUCUUGGGUAGCCAUGAGAACUACGUUCACUCACUUCAUGAUGCUCUACAAUUGUACCUCUUGCUUCUCUGGCCAGUAAAAGAGCCUGAUCACUUACACGGUCUGGCUGAAGGGUUGAGACUUGCUCUGUUGCAGCCUCACAUGAGACUCUGCGCUUCCAUGGAACUUGUGGUUUGGCAGCUCUUCGUUGGUGCGACUGCUGCAGAACCUUCAAGUGAGGUCCGCUCUUGGUUUAUCACAAGGCUAAGAGAGGUGUCUUGUUCAAUGACUGGGUUGGGACAGGGAGUGGUAAUCGGCACUCUUACCCAUGCAUUUACACCUGACGCACGCCUUUUGCAGAGGUUUGUGGUUAUAUGGCAGGAGGUCUUUUCUUCUAGCCAUAGAAGUGAGAUAAUCUAA